AUGAAAGACUUUUUCAUUUCCCAUCAAACUGUUGUUGUAAUAGGAUCCCCAGGCUCUGGGAAAACUGCUUUGAUCCGCCACAUCGCUUUACAGCUGGAGUCCCAGUAUCAGAUUGUUCCUAUCUCCAAACCUGAGGACAUCAUUAUUUUUGGUGACGUAUGCAGACCGCAAAUAUUUGUCAUAGAUGAUGUUUUAGGUGUGUUUUCCUUAGAGAGAAAUUUGUUAUCAGAUUUAGAUAGACAUAGUGACCAAAUCGAAAGUGUUCUCGAUAAGAAAUCAAAAUUAUUUAUUUCAUGUAGAUUAGCAGUGUUUAAUGAAGCAAAAGAAUUAGAUGUAAAAUUUUUUGAAGAGAAUAACAUUAUCAGUUUAAAUAGUGAAAGGAAUAUUCUCACCUUGGAAGAUCAAAAAGGUAUAUUUGAAUCUCACAUGAAAAAUGCAGAGAUUUCAUGUACCAUUGAUUCAAAACUUCCGUUCGAAAAAGGGAUCCCCAUGUUUCCACUUCUUUGUCAAAUGUUCAGCACUGAUAAAUGUAUCAGGGAAUAUGGAUCAGGGUUUUUUACAUACCCAUCCAAAUGCUUGCUCUCAGAAUUAGGUAAAAUAAGAAAAAGAAAUAAUCUCCAAUAUGCAUCUAUGGUUUUGGUCAUGCUGAACAACAAUUGUUUAUCUGUGAAAGUGUCUGUAAACAAAGGAAUGCUGGAAAAUGUUUGCAAAUCUUGCGAAGUUAAAGGAACCCACCAAGACUGGGAAAUAUUUCAGCAAUUAUCACACUUAAAAGGUAUAUACACUGCAGAAAGUAAUGAUCAAUAUACAUUUAUGCAUGACUUGAUAUUUGAAGUUGUUGCAUAUCAUUACGGCCAACAAUUUCCUGAUCAAAUUCUGGAAUAUAUGAACAGUAGUUUCAUUGCAAACAGAGUUGUUUUAGAGAACACAGAUUCUGGAAACGACCUUUGCAUCAAACUAAAGAAGUCCCAAUAUGAAAAUCUCGCAAAAAGACUGUAUAUUGAUGUCAAAAAAGGGAAACUACAUGAUGUGUUUCUAAAUAGCACUCUCAGGAAUUCUGUUUUUAGACAACAUUUUAAACAAAUUUUGUCAACAGCGCCGUAUGAGGAUGUAACGAAUUUUUUCUUAUUAUCUAGAGGGGAAGUGUUUGAAAGUGUGAUACUUGAUUCUAAGAAAGAAGAUGAAAAAACUGAUUUAGAAAAUAAAGUUAUAGGACAGAGAGAAAUCGAAAGACAAGAUCUUCUUCUUGGCCUAAAAUGUAUUGGACAAAGCAAUGUAUAUAAAAUACGGGUUAUCAGUUUCAUAAUUUAUUAUGGUCACCUCGAUUUGCUGCGAUAUUUUAUGGGUAGGCAUCAUCAAAAUAAAGAUAUUAUCUUUGGAUGUACACAGGAAGAACAAGUAAGAUUACUUGUAUUGGCAUGUUUUCAAGGAAGAUUAGAUAUGGUAAAAAUUUUGUUAGAUUACACUAAAAAUACAAUUAUUAAUAGAAUGCCUGUGGAGGAAGUCGAUGCAUCGAACAAUAGACAUAGAUUGAUAACCCCAGUUAUAGCUGCUUGCAUGAAAAUGAAACUUGAUACUAUCAAAUAUUUAAUUUUGAAUGGAGCAGAUUUAAACCCUCAAAAUAGCUUUUAUCCAGCUUUAUGGACUCCAUCUAGAGUUGGGGACCUAAGAACAGUUACAUACUUGCUUCAACACGGUGCUGAUUGUAAUAGAUCUAAUGGAAAAGGCAUUACUCCUUUACAUUUAGGGUCACAAUUUGGACACUUGAACAUGGUUAAAAAACUCAUUGAGCAAGGUGCAUACAUCAACAAGUGUGAUAAUCAGGGUAGGACAUCUUUGCAUAUGGCCUCACAAAAUGGUCAUUUGCCCAUUGUAGAAACAUUAAUACAGCAUGAUGCUGUCUAUGAUCAGUGUGAUAUCAAAGGAGUAACACCGUUACAUCUAGCGUCUUAUAAAGGACAUGUUGCUGUUGUAAAGAAAUUGAUAGAAUGUGGUGCUGAUAUCAACUGGUGUAUUAAUAACAUGUCAUCUCUUCAUUUAGCAUCAUCGUAUUGUCAUAUUCUUGUUGUAGAAAAACUUAUAGAACAUGGCGCCAGCAUCAACAGCUGCGAUGCUUAUGGUCAAACAUCCCUACAUUUUGCAUCACGAAAAGGCCAUAUGUCAAUUGUAGAUUUAUUGAUACAACACGGUGCUAAUUAUGAUCAAUGUGAUAAAAUUAACGCAACCCCUCUUCAUUAUGCGUCAUUUUAUGGACAUGUCCAUGUUGUGGAAAAACUUAUAGAACACGGAGAUGAUAUUAAUAAAUGUGUCUUAGGUCUGUCACCCCUUCAUAUAGCAUCGAUGCGUGGACAUCUUCCCGUUGUCGAGAUAUUAAUUGAAGCGGAUACUGAUGUAAAUAUGUGUAAUGAUUUUAGUGAGACAGUUUUUAAUUCCAAAAUUCAGGAUGAUGAAUCGUCCCUGUCAAAAGCAUUACAGGCAUAUAUCAAUCUUUGUUAUAGAUGCAAUAAGCUUAAGGUAUCCCCUCUACAUUUUGCGUCAUUAGAAGGUCAUAGUCAUGUUGUAGAAAAAUUAAUAGAACAUGGGGCCGACAUUAACGUACGUUCAUCAGAAGGUUUGCUGUCUUUGCAUUACGCAGCCAAAAAUGGCCAUUUGUCUGCUGUUGAAAUAUUACUUAGGUCCGGUGGUGACUUGCAUAAAAAAUAUACAGAAGAAAAAUUGCAUUUUUAUUCAUGGCCAUUGACAGCCCAUGCCCCUUUUGUGGAACAAUUUAAUGGAAAUAAUAGCAACAUCAAUGCCUGUAAGAAAAAUAAACAAACAACUAUUGAUUUGAAUUCAAAAAAAGAUCAUGUUUCGGUUGAAAAAAUAAGUAGAGAUCACAGUACCGACAUUAAAAUGUGUGAGAAUAAUGUUGGGUCUACCCUACAUUUAUCGUCAAGGAAAGUCCGUGGUCCGAAAGUAGGCAAACUUACUCAAAAUAAUUCCAAUGUUAACAUUUGUAACAUGCAGGGUCAGUCAUCUCUGCAUUUAGCAUCAGCAGAAGGAUACGUUUCUGUUGUAGAAAAAAUGAUUGAAUAUGGUGCCGACAUUAACAUGUGUGAUAUUCACGGUCAGUCAUCCUUGCUUUUAGCAUCAUAUGAAGGUCAUCUUCUUGUUGUAGAAAAACUCAUUCAAAACAAUGCGGACAUCAACAAAUGUGAUAUCAAAGAACAAUCUCCUCUGCAUUUUGCAUCACUUAUAGGUCAUCUUCCUCUCGUAGAAAAACUCAUUCAAAAUAAUGCCGACAUAAACAAAAGUGAUUUGCUGGGACAGUCAUCUCUGCAUAUUGCAUCACAGAAAGGCCAUCUUCUUGCUGUAGAAGAACUUUUAGAGCACGGUGCCGACAUAAACAAGAGAGAUAAUCAAGGUCUGUCAUCCUUGCUUGUAGCAUCUUGGGAAGGCCAUCUUCCUGUUGUAGAAACACUUAUUAAUCAUGGUGCUGACAUCAACUUGUGUGCUGAAACUGGUGAGACAUCUCUGCAUUUGGCAUCGCAAGAUGGUCAUGUCGCUGUUGUAGAAACAUUAAUUCUGUAUGGAUCAGAUAUCAACACGAGAGAUAUUAACGGUCUUUCCCCUCUGUUUUAUGGAUUACUUAACGAUCAUAUUACUCUUGUAUAUUCAUUGAUUGAGCACGGUGCCGACAUCAACAUGUGUGGUUGUCAGGGUCAGUUACCCUUGCAUGAAGCGUCACUUAAGGGUAAUUUUCCUGUUGUGAAAAAACUUAUAGAGCAAGGUGCUGAUAUCAACAAAUGCAACAUUGAUGGUGAAUCAUCUCUGCACCUAGCAUCAGAAAAAGGUCAUUUGGCUGUUGUAGAAAAAUUACUUCAACACAGUGCAGAUUUUAAUCAACAAGAUAUUUGUCAUUUAACACCUCUACAUAGAGCGUCAUAUUGGGGGCAUGCUCAUGUUGUAGAAAAAUUAAUAAAACACGGGGCAGAUGUAAACAGAUGUAAUAUAAAUGAUAUAUUGCCCCUGCAUUACGCUUCAGAAAAUGGUCAUCUGUCUGUCGUUGAAAUACUUCUGCAAUUUUGCACCGACUGUCCUCAAAAUAAAAAGAGAAAAAUCGAAAACUAUGAAAUUCCAAAUGCUUGCAACAGAAAAAAUGAACACAUGGAAAAUAUCGACAAAUUGGACAAGAAUGGUUUCUCACCUCUCUAUUUAGCAUCAAAAAAUGGCCAUUUGUCCAUUGUAGAAACAUUAAUUUGUCACGGAGCUAAUUGUAAUACAUGUGACAAGAAUUACGUCACACCAUUACAUAGAGCAUCUUCUACAGGAAAUGUCACUAUUGCAGAAAAAUUGAUCAAAUCAGGUGCGGACACCAACAGUUGUGAUAAAGCUGGUCGGUCACCUUUGCAUGAUGCAUCAAUAAAUGGUCAUUUAUCGGUUGUAGAAGCAUUAAUUCGACAUGGUGCUAAAUGUAAUCAAUGCGAUGAAAAAAAAGUUACACCUAUACAUAUGGCAUCAUUUGCAGGACAUGUUCAGGUCGUAGAAAGGUUAAUUGAAGCUGGUUCCAGUAUAAACAAACGUGAUAUUAAUGGCACAGUUUCUAAUGUGUUCGCUUACGGCGGUACACUCGUAUUUUGGUUCCCUAAUUUGUUGUCGGUGUACGGUCAUUCUAUGUCUCACGGUGUCUCCUGUCUGGCCGAUAUAAUUUACACCACAACGGCACAGGUUAUCACAUCAAUGAGAAAAGAGCUGGUGUAUGACAUUGAUGUUUUAAUUGACUCGAGCUCUGAUUAG